AUGUGCCAAGCCGUCCGCUACGUCUACCCCGGCUGCGGUCACCCCAUCCGCCCCGACUCCGACACGUGGUAUCUCGAAAGAUGCCGCAUUGCUCACGACACAGACAGUAACUGUUGGCUGCCACACAACCUCCCUCCCGAGUUCAUCCAGGAAAGAGUGUAUCACGGCGAAGGUCUGGCCGAAGAUUGCGCCAUGUGUCUGUCCUUGAGCGCCCUUGAUGAUGAUGACGCUGGCUCAUUCUUCGAGAGGGAGGAGAACGACGACGACGAUACGGGAAAUGCCACAGAGCAAAACACUAUGCAGAGAUCGACAGAGGCAGAUACCUCGGCAGAGGAGCUUCGUGACGCCGAAGACUUUCGGUGGGCGAUGAACAAAAUGAUUGAGAUGGAUAGCGAUGCCGGGGGAGAGACUCCUCCUCCUGAGGACCGAAGUUUGGGUUCAGCGAGCAUGGAUCUUGAGGGCAGCGAGCCUUCGGAGAUGGAGUAUCAUUGA